AUGAGCUCUGUUGAAUACCACUAUCCCGUGAUCGGCCGCAAGGGCACUGGAGGCAUAUUUCAUCGCUUGCCCAUCCAGACACUGCAGAAGGAUCAGCCUUACCAAUUUGCAUUGUUCAUCCUUGCUUUCAGUGCCAUCCAGCAGCGUUCCGAUACCCCCGACAUCGAGCCAGCAGCUACCUUCACGGAAAUUGCGUCAAUUCACGGUAAACCCUACGUUGAAUGGGCUGGAGAUCGCAACAAGGACACCUCAGCUGACUAUAGUGCAACUGACAAGAAAGAUAUCAACCCUGUUCCUUCCAGAUUCGGAGGUUAUUGUAACCAUGGCGCCGUUGUUUUCCCUACCUGGCACCGCCCAUAUGUUAUGCUUAUUGAGCAAUCGAUCGGAAACGUUGCUGAACAAUUGGCCCAUGACAUUGAAACUAAUAACCCAGGUGAAAAUGGAGUGUGGAUCAAGGCUGCCAAGGAACUACGUUUUCCAUACUGGGACUGGGCCGAUAAAGAUGUACCCGAGAAUGGCCUUCCUCCUGUCCUGUACGAAGAUAAAGUCGAAAUCAUGGCUGCUGGAGGUAAAAAACAAACCGUCGACAACCCGCUCUCAUUUUUCUCGUUUGUCGGCGGAAUUCCAUCCGACUUUACCGACGAGAAGGAUGACACAACAGGACAAGUGGCGUAUUUCUCCAGGUGGCAGAGGACAUACCGCUACGCUUAUAGCACUCCGAACCCUGAAGGCAGCCAUAUAGACUUGUUGCAAAAGACGUUUAAAGCCGAGGCAAAGGAUCUGAGACGCAGAGUUGCUCAGCUCUUUACGUUCAAUGAUGACCAAAACUCUGCGAUAACCUGGGACGACUUUUCGAAUCAUACCGCAGAAUCGAAGAGAGAGAUGGACUUCGUCAACAGUGGGUCGCUUGAAGGCGUGCACGACACUGUUCAUAAUUUGCUUAGUUACCCAGACUACGCUGGUUUCGAUCCUAUCUUUUUCCUGGCUCUGUGGGAGUGGUGCUAUACUGAAUAUUGGAUGGGAAGCGGAUAUGAACACGACGGGGAACAAUAUCCCUGGACACAGGCACGUGGCACGUACGCACAAGUUUACAACGAGCAACUUCUUCCAGACGGGCCACUCCAACCAUUCCGAACGGAACAAGGAGACUACUGGACCUCUUCUCAGGCCCGAUUCUUGGAUGAACAAAGCUACCCCAAGUAUUAUUCAUUUCCCGAGUUUGAAGGAAUUAAGGUCGAUCAAGCUGCCACAUCAUCCCAAGAGCGUGCCUUGGCGCGCAAAAGGGUGCAAGCCUACUACGGUUUUGAUCCGCAAACCAAGGCGAAAAAGGUGGCUUCGCACGCUUGGAAGCACUUACCCGUCCCAAACAAGGAAGACCCUGCAGUGCCAAGUGAUCAUACCGUUAUCCCUCAUUACCGCACAUUUGUUGUGCAUGUGAAACUUGUGGAGCAUGCGUACAACCGCUCCUACUCAUUCCAGCUCCACCAUAAAGGGAAUGCUCAUUCGAGUCCACAGCUCGUAGGAUCCGUAGUUCGCGGGAUGAUCCCCAUUCCUCCCGAGUUGAUUGACAGUAUCAUCAAAUCAAAUGGAGGCGCAGAUUCAGGGGUUUCGUUCGACCAGACCCUCGCUCACAUCAAGGGGGAGUUCGUUGGAAAGCUUGUGGAUGCUACUGGCUCAGAGCUUGCCGGAGCCGAGGGAGGUCUGGGGACGAUCCAGGUACCACAACACCAUGCCACUUCUCGUAGAGUCACUCCCGUGGAAAUUUCUCUGGUGUCGGCUGCUGUUGCUGAGCACGUAGAGGACAAGGAUCGUCCUGUCUACCUAUGUGGCUGGCAGCACCAUGCCAGUAUCUUCAACGGUGGAUGGCGAGCGACUCACAAGGAUUCGGAGUGA